CCUUCUUUCUAGCUGGGUUUCUCAAAACGAGCAUGCCUGACGAGGCGCUCCUUCCGAAUGUCUGCAACACCAAGCUCAUAGACGCCAGCGCAACUCAGCAUCGCAGUGACGAUACCGGCCGCGAAGACGGCUCGGUGGACGGCGGGCCUGAUGAAGCACUCACGCACAUUUCUCUCGUUCCUCCUCCAAAUCCUCCCGGGCUCGCAUAUCCGCUGAAAUCUCACCAACAGCAGCAGCCGUCAAUUCGGCCCGCCAUUCCAGGUACUGCUGAGGCCGCGCGGCGCGCGUCAGAAGACAAAAAUCUCAAGCCUGGCGGCGCAUUGGCACCAAUUGACGAGCCCAGCAGGGACGCCAUGGUAGCGCCCGGCGAGUCUACAGCGACCCCACCUGCCGCCGACGGGCCCCGCGGCGUGCUCGACAAGGUGCUGAGCCUGAACCUGUGGCAGAGGACGGCCGAUGCGCGACGGCGCCUGAGGACGCGCGAGCCGAGCGUUCACACGCGGGCCGACAGCGACCGGACGUUGGUGGAUUAGCAGACAGGUGUUGAUGACGCUGUGAACUUGGAUAGUGCUACAGGUUUUGAGUACUGUGACGAGGCUCUUUCGGCAUGUACUUUUAGUUUCGCGCCCACUGAGGCGACGGAAGACAAUCUGGCCAGGCAAUUAACAAGCCACCCUCUUUCACGUCGAUGUAUACAAUCCCACAUAUCCAAAAGCAUACAUGAUACUUAUACAUUACAGCUGUUUCAACAUGUCCUUUUUGCUUCCCCUGCCUACUCUGCCACCGCCCCCUGUGGCGCACGGUACCACACGUCUGCGCGGACGAAGUUGUUGUACACCUCGCCGGGUCCGAGGAGCGUGUCAUCGCCGCUCGCGCCGCGAGUGGACGCGUUGGCAUCGAGGAACGCCGCAAGCGGCUCAUGGAACUCCAGAAACGCGGCGGCUGGGAGAAAGGUGCGAAGUCAGCGCGUAUGUCACGUUCGUCAUUCGGAACGCGUAAAGGAUGUUGGCGAGUAGCAUACGCAAUGAAGGUGCCUCCCAACAGGUUGGCGAGUGUGCGCGCACGUAGGCUGUUCCGCAUCUUGGGCAUGGAGCACGCCCCGAGAGAAAGAGUAGAAGGUAUGGAAGAGGAAGGGAGACUCACAUCCGACAUCGUACCCAUCUUUGCCGAACUCGCCGCUCCCACCGUGGAUGCGCUUUCGCGCGUUCCGGGACGGGUUUGUGAGAUUGUUCGUGUAGAAUUGCACGCCAGACUCUGUCGUACCAAAGGUGUCG